AUGGUCGAUCCCGAGGAGAACUUCUUCGACCUGGGAGGGCACUCCGCCUUGGCGGCGAGGAUGGCGACCGAGUUGUCCGGCGAGUACAACUUGCCGAUUACGGUCCUGGACAUCUACUCGCACUCGACGCUCCAGGCGCUUUGCGACUUCGCGGAGUCCAAGGCGCAACUGGAAGGAGGUGGUUUGCAGGUCCUCUCGCCGAAGAACCACCGCGUGAACCCCCUUGAGCACCGUGAGGCUCCGCGGAUGGCUGUCGCAGGAUUUUCCGGCAAAUUCCCAGGAGCCGACUCCGUGCAGGAUUUCUGGGAGAACAUCCAGAGGGCAGCUGUGUCGGCGACAUUCCUCUCCAAGGACUUCUUGCGACGGAAGGGGGUGCCGGAGACCACCCUGGGCCACAAAGACUUCGUGCCGGCAGCCUACAUGAUCAACGAUGCAGACAAGUUCGACAACGUCUUUUUUGGCAUCGGGCGCCAUGAG